AUGAGCUUUAGUAAUUCAAGAUCUCCUUCUAAUAAUAGUAGUAGUCAAGAUGCUACAUCUGGUAAGUUACAAUACACAGAAAGUGAUGAUGAAGGUAGUGAAGAGUAUUGUAAAGGUGGUUAUCACCCGGUUAAAGUAAAUGAAAUAUAUAAUGGAAGAUACAGAAUAGAAGGGAAAUUAGGGUGGGGUCAUUUUUCGACUGUUUGGGUUGCAACUGAUCUAAAAAGUAAACCGUUAAAGUUUGUUGCUAUAAAAAUUCAAAAGGGAUCUGAAACAUACACAGAAUCAGCAAAAUGCGAAAUAAAUUACUUAAAAACAGUUAAGGUAAAUUCCUUUGAUUCUUCAUGGGUUGAAUUAAAAGAGCAACAAAGAGAAAAAUUAUUGCAUUAUAAUAUGACUAAAGGUGUUGUUUCAUUUAUUGACAAUUUUGAACAUAAAGGCCCCAAUGGUACCCAUAUAUGUAUGGUUUUUGAAUUUAUGGGACCUAAUUUGUUAUCCUUAAUAAAGCAUUAUGAUUAUAAAGGGAUUCCAUUAAAUUUAGUUAGAAAAAUUGCUACUCACGUUUUAAUAGGAUUGCAAUAUUUACAUGAUGUUUGUAAAAUAAUACAUAGCGAUAUAAAACCAGAAAAUGUUUUGGUAUCACCUUUAUCUAAUAUUCCUAGACCAAAAGAUUACAGUAAAGAUAAAUUAAUAAAAAAAAAUGACUCUAAGGAAAAUAAUGAAACAAAAAAUGAGAUAGAAGAAAAUAGCUCUAUUACAAAGGAAUGCAUAGAAAAAUGUGAAAUUGAACAAGAAAAACAGGAAAAUGAAGUAGAAGAAUUAAAUGAAAGUGAAAUUAGACUUAAUGAAUGGGAUUCUAUUGAUUGGAAUAAACUAAGUAAAAAUGAAAAAAAAAAAUUAAAAAAAAAAAAAAAAAAUUUCUUAAAAAGAGAAAGAUUAAAACAGGAAUUAUUAAAUAAAAAUAAAGAAAAUAAUCAAUCUACAAUAAAUGAGCCUUCAGGAAAGUUAAUUAUCAAUGAACAAAAUAUUAAAAAUUUAAGUGAUACUGACCAAAAUGGUGAGAAUCAAUUUAAAAAAGAAGAUACUGAAAAUUUAAACAUUAAUCAAUUAAACAAAAACGAACUUCAAAAAAAAAUAUUGGAGACGUGCAAUGAUAGUCACGUGAAUAUAACUCCUAACAUAAAUAUUAAUUGUAAUUCUAUCGAAAAUAAUAUUAUGAAAUCAUUUAACGAUAACAAAUAUUCAUCAAACACCAAUCAUAAUCAUGUAAAUACAAAUGAAAAAAUUGAAGAACCUGAAUAUGUGAAGAACAAACAUUGUAAUUUAGAUCAAAAUAACUUAAGUAUUAGGGAUAUGGAAACGUGUACUAAGGAACAUGAAUUAUAUAAAGAUAAAGAAAAUAAUUUGCAUAAUAAAAUUGAUGAAAAAAGUUUAAAUAGAAAAAAAAUUAUUGACGAACCCCCAUAUGUAAAGCAUACACUUAAGCCUUCUAAUUCAGAUCCUUCAUUACUAACUUCUUACUAUAAUGUACAUGCGUUACAAGAAACAUUAACAAAAAAACCAUACCAUUUUAACAAUUACUUUUUAUAUAACCUAGAGAAAUAUGGAAAUAACAAGAUGCCUCUUUUUUUACAUAGAUUACCAAAUGAUUAUUUGAAAAAAAAUGCUAUAAAUGAUGAUGAAGAGGAUUUACGAAAUAGUGAAAGUGAUAUUUGUGAUGACGAAUUCUUAGAAAAUGAUAUUAAUAAAUUCCCUCUUUAUUGCGAUAUAUUUAAUCACUUAAUACAUCCAGAAGCUUUAAAACUACAUGAGAUAUAUAAAAAAAAAAAAAAUAAUAAAAUAUCAAACUAUCCAAUAAAUUCUGGAGGUAGUAAUGAAAAUGUACGUAAAGUUGUUUAUAUAAAAACAGAAGAUGGGGACUAUUGUAUUAGACCCUAUGAUCCAUCCGUUUAUUGCCAUGCAAAAUCUUGUUAUAAAAUUUGUGACUUAGGAAAUAGUUUAUGGAUAGAUGAAUCAAGAUAUGCAGAAAUUCAAACAAGGCAAUAUAGAGCUCCCGAAGUUAUACUAAAAAGUGGAUUCAAUGAAACAGCCGAUAUAUGGUCUUUUGCUUGCAUGAUUUUUGAAUUGGUAACUGGAGACUUUUUGUUUAAUCCUCAAAAGACUGAUAGAUAUGAUAAAAAUGAAGAACAUUUAAGUUUUAUAAUAGAAGUUCUAGGAAACAUACCAAAACAUAUGAUUGAUUCAGGGUUCAAUUCCCAUAAAUAUUUUAAUAAAGACACAUAUAAACUUAAAAAUAUUACAAAUAUCAAAAGAUAUGGAUUACAUAAAAUAUUAAAAUAUAAAUAUAGAAUCCCAGAGAAAGAAAUUAAUCCUUUGUGUAGCUUUUUACUGCCUAUGCUUUCCAUUGACCCACAAACAAGGCCAUCAGCAUCUGUCAUGCUUCAACAUCCUUGGCUUAAUAUGGUGGCAUUAGAGGAUGAUGAAACAUAUAUGAAAAAUAGGUCAUUUUCUAUUAAUAGUAUUUAUAUGAAAAAUAAUUCAAAUUAUAAUAUAUACGAAAAUUCAAGCAAAAGUAUAAAUUCUUCAAAUAAUAGAAACAUCCAUACAACUUUUAAAGAUUAUAAUAACAAUACUUUUGUACAAUUAGAACAAGAAUCUUGUAAAAGUGCUGAUUAUGAUAGUGAAUACGAAUACCCUUUUUUUUAUGAAAAAAGAUAUGAUUAUAAUUGUGUUGGAGAUCGAUUCUCCAAAAUGAACUAUGAUACUAUGUAUACCAAAAAUGUAAAAAAUAAAUUGGAUUGUAAAUCAAAAAAUAAAAAGGAAAAUUAUUCAAAUUUAAAAGAUAAUUCGAUUAAUAUAGAGGAUUAUAUAUUAAAUUCCGAUUAUAUUUCAAAUACAAUUGAUCAUGAUCCAUAUAAUAAACAGAUUCUAAAAAAUACUACAAACUAUAAAAUCGGUAAAAUAAGAGAUUAUAAAAGAAUAAGUAUACAUAAUGAAACUAUGCAAAAUGAAGAGGAUACUUUUGAGAAUUACAAUGAACAGGGAGAUGAAUACAAACAUGAAGAGGAACAUGAAAAUAACAGCGAAAAUUUGAUGAAGAAGGGAGAUGAUGAAGAUGAAGAAGAGGAAGAUAAUGGAGAAGAAGAGGAAGAAGAAGAAGAGGAGGAGGAAGAAGAAGAGGAAGAGGAAGAAGAAGAGGAAGAUGAUGAAGAAGAAGAUGAUGAAGAAGAAGAAGAAGAGGAAGAGGAAGAAGAAGAGGAAGAAGAAGAGGAAGAGGAAGAUGAUGAUGGAAACGAAUAUGAUGAUAAAAAGGAAAAAUAUGAUACAAAUAAAUAUGAUAAUAAAAAUGAUGAUAAUAAUCAACAUGAAAAUGAUGACAAUUAUCAAUAUGGCAAUGAAAAUGAUUUUGAUGCCUGUUGUGAUAACGAAAAUAUAUAUGAACAAGAAGAUAUAGAAAUAUAUACUAAUGAAAGAGAAAAAAAGGAACAGAAACGAAAAAAAGAAAUAGAAAGAGGAAUGAAAACGGAAAAAUUAAGUGUAACUGAGGGGAAAAACAUUAUUAAAAAUGAAAUAAAAGAAGAUAAAAAAAAUGAAGAAUACAAAAUCGAAGGCAAUAACAAAUUUUGUGAAAAUGCAAAAAAAAAAUACGAAAAAAGAAUUAGCAACUUCAAACAUAAAAAAGAAGAAAAUAAAAUGAGUGCGGAAAUUAUAAAAAAAAAAAAUACUUCAACUGAAUCAAAGGAGAUGGAACAAAAUAAAUGUACAAAAAAUGUAAGUAAUAUUUUGUUGGAUUGCAAUACAAACAAAGAAUUUAAUAAAUAUGAUCAUUCAGAAAAAAAUCAGACAGCAAUAAAAAGAGAGCAAGAACAAAUGUUUUAUGAAGGGAGUAAAAUGUUAGAAAACCAUGUUGAAGAAAAAGUAAAUAAAAUAAAUUGUAAAGUUAUUAAUAAAAAAACAUAUUGUGCUAUUUCAAAAAAAAUAAAUUUUUUAGAAGCAAAAAACCCAUUAGAAUUUAUGAAUAAAUAA